AUGAAUCGCGAAGGACUGGGGAAAAUCAUGCAGAAAUUCGGCUGUCCCGAACGAUUCACUCAGAUGGUGCGUCAGCUCAAAGAUGGCAUACUGCCGCGAGUCACAGGCAACGAAGUGAAGCAGGGCUGCGUCCUCGCACCCACACUCUUCAGUUUAAUGUUCUGCGUCAUGUUACUGGACGUCUGCUGUGACGAACGCCCCGGGAUCUGCACCGCCACCAGGACGGACGGCCAACUCUUCAACCACCAGAGGAUGCACUUCCAGUCUCGUGUAUCCAUAACUAUCGUCCAUGAACUUCUCUUCGCCGACGACUAUGCCCUCAAUGCCACCUCCGAAGAAGGCAUGCAAAGGAGCAUGAACCGCUUCAACGCCGCCUGCGACAACUUCGGCUUGAUCGUCAACACGGAGAAGACGGUGGCUGUGCACUAA